UGAAAGUUAUCAUAUGAAAUAGUUAUGAGUGGUUAAGACUAACCUUUGUUUUUGGAUAGUUUUGGGAAGGUUUCAGAUUUUCCACUGUUUUACCAUCAUCAACAUUCCAUAUAAAACUCAGAAAACUCUGCAAGUCAUUAAUUUUCUCAAUCAAACCACUUUGAAUGACUUUAUUUGCAUCUCAAAGCUGAAAUUUUGUUGUUGUUUUCGGUUUCGGUGUUUCGGUGUUGUUCCAGCCGUCCCAGGAGCGGCCCGGCUUGUAGGGGCCAUGGAUGAGCACAGCACAUUGUCUUCUGUACAAAGGUGGAUCUGACAUUUCUUGGCCAGAACCUGCACGUUCUUGUUCUUGCUUUGUCCUUUUGUGUUGGAGGUGGGAGGACCACAGCACUGUGCUUGUUCAGUGCCAGUCUGCGCCUGCGGGAGGGAUCGGGGCAUUCCAGCAAUGCGUGUCUGAGGAGGAACAGCACUAAGGUAAUGACUCACUGUUCACGCUCUUUUAUCUACGGCCCUCCCGCUUGAUAAACGAUCCCCUGACCGCCACACAAAAGGCAAUCAGGCAGAGCUUCAUGACGAUGGAGAAACGAAAAGGGUGAAAGCACUCCAGUGCGUCCACCAGCUCGUCCUCUGGAGACGUGUCUGGAAGGUGGGUGGCCCCGGGAGGAAGUUGGGGGUUGAUGAUCUCAUAUUGACCCCCCACUGAACUGCGAGGAGGGGAGGGAAGGUGGGAGGAAGGGAGGGAGGAAAAGGAGAGAAAGAGAGAGGAGGGAGUGUGGAGGGAAAGCGCCUGGAGAGCACUUCUGAGAAGAAAAUGUUUAGUUAUGAAAACAAAAAGUAGUGUAACAGACGGCACCCUGGAAACCACAGGACAGCGGAUUGGAGCGAGGCUAUUAUCAGAUAAACAGCUCAGACGGAAUGAGGCUGUCCCUGCCUCACUUCUCUCUCCCUCUGAGACACACGAGCUCCCUGUCGGACAGAUAUAUAAGAGCCCCUCACGCCGAUUCUUAGAGGGAUUCUGCAGCACUUUGGGCUCUUUCUUCAGAACAGGACUGCCAACAUUUAAUGACUGCAGUUGUUGAGGCGGACUGCUUUUUCCAAACCUGGAGCACAUGGGAGGAAGGAUUACAGCAAUGCAGCUCCUCCUGAAUCCAGAGAAGACACCGACGUUCAGGAUGUAAAUAUACUUCACAAAAAAAAUUGGGUUCCUUUUUGUUUUGCGGUGUUCACUGAGGCCAGCGGAUGGAGAACACAACCUUACAAAUGAUGUUUUCCAUCAAUGAGUCGACUCUGGACACCAAGGUCAUUCACAGCUUUGAGUUUCCUCAGACCAUCAAUGGCUUCAGCGUGACCAUGGCCGUCCUCCACCUGGCCGUAUGCGUCGUAGGAUUGGCCGGGAACUCCUUGGUCGUCAUUGCCAUUCUCAAGCUGGAUAAAAUGUCGUCCGCCACAACCGUCUACAUCUUCAACCUGGCUUUGGCCGACGGUCUGUUUAUGGUGGGACUCCCAUUCGUGGCCUUCCAGAACUUCCAGAACCAGUGGAUCUUUGGCGACCUGGCCUGCAAGCUGGUCAUGGUCCUGGAUGGCAUCAACCAGUUCACCAGCGUGUUCUGCCUCACAGUGAUGAGCAUUGACCGCUACAUGGCGCUGGUGGACCCCCUUCGCUUCGCUCGCUGGAGAACUCCGAAACGGGCCAAGAUCAUCUCCGCUUUCCUGUGGCUGUUCUCCUUGCUUCCGGUGCUGCCCAUGGCGGUUCACUUCUCCGUCAGCUAUGGCCUGUGUAUGGCCGACACCUUCAUGGCCAAGUGGUGGAUGACCUUCCUCGCCUACACCUUCGUGCUGGGCUUCGUGCUGCCCUUCGUGGUGAUGAUCGUCUUUUACACGGCUCUGGUGAUGACCCUGAGGAACGCCAGGCAGCGGGGCGGGAGUUCCUCAACGCAGGAGAGCCAGAGGUUGGAGAAGCAGGUCACCAAGAUGGUGGUAGCCGUCGUUGUGGUCUUCGGCAUGUGCUGGCUGCCGUUCUACGUCUUCAACUUCUGCUCGCUGUACGGGACAAACAUGACGCUCACCUUUGCGCGUGGCUUUGAGAUCGCGGUGCUGUUGUCCUACUCGUGGAGCUGCGCCAAUCCCAUCCUGUACGCUUGCCUGUCGGAGACGUUCCGCAGGUACUUCCGCACUCUCCUCUGUCCACACAAGAGCUCGUCCGGCAUGCGCUGCACCAGGGACACUGAGGGCUACGACUUACGGGACACUAACAGGCAGGACAUCAGUGUGCACAUUUAGCAUUUUCCUGAAACACUUCAUCAGAAGGCUAAGUACAUAGGGACUUCAUAACACAUGAAUAAGCAUUUAUAAAGCAAUACUUGAACUGCUUCUGCCAGUAAUUACAAGAUGAAAUAAGCUGUUUUAUGAUGUUGUAUUGAUGUGAGGGGUCUACAACUAAAGUGACAGACAUUUUUCAAUUUAUAACACUUAAUGAAGCAUCAUUACCAAGGAAUAGUGCUUAGAAGGUUGAGGCCCUGCCAAUAACACUAUUUCGUCACUGUUGGAACAAAACCUCAAAGCCUUGUAUCUCCUUUAUUGUCAUUUUUCCUUUUUCCACAAAAUUUGAACGUUAGCUGCUCUUAUCAAUGCUUAAAAAGUGUCACAUCAUUUCCUGAUGAACGGACCAAUAGGAAUGCUCGAAAAAUUACUCGGAAUCAAAUCUCACUCCAUUCAUUUCCAUUCAGAGUUAAGAAGGUUUUUUUCUUUCUAAUGUUAAGGUUAUAUUUUGGAGAUAUAAGCCUUUGUUAGUACAGUGAUGAUAUAUCAGUUCUUCAGUAAAGAAAAUGGUUCUAUGUAGAGCAAAAAGCCAUUUGCAUGAUUAAAGUGAAGGGAGUGAAAGGAGAAUGUGCUGCAAA